AAUAAAAAUAGUAUUAUUAAUAUGAGAGCAAGAUCUCCAGACUGUUUGGACAACACUCGUAUUCACAAACAAUUCCCUUUCCUGACUCAGCAGUGACAUAUUCCUCUCAUAUAUUACUUUAGCAUUAAUUUGUUAAUAGAAUUUAUUUCAACUUAGUUCUAACCUUUUCUCCGAAUGAUUCACAUUCCACUAGCACGCUUAGUUCUUUAAGUGCAAGCAUGGGCGGGCAUUAGUACAUUGUAUUUGCAAAGCCAACUUGAUACAAGUGGAUGUGUAUUGUACUCAUAUUAGAUAUAACUGCGAAAAUGAGCACAGUAUAGAAGCUUCUACAAUUUUAAUGAAACGUGUUUAAUUAGUGAUUCUUCUGUGAAAAGGAAUGCUGUAGAAAAUAAAAUCUGACUGUGCUGAUGGAAAGGACAAUAUGGACAACUACAUAGCACAUGGAAUCAUAAAAACUUUAAACUCUACAUUGGAUUCAAAUGAAAUUUCAAUAUUUGUACAGCCAUUUCUGUUUUACGAAAAAUACAUAGCGAAUGGUUUUUCAGUACUUGGAAUCUACGGAAAUGUAGUGAGUAUCUACAUAUUUUGGAGUAAUAGAAAAGAUCAACAUCCUUGUAAUCUGUUUCUAUUGGCCCUUGCAUUUGCUGAUAUCGGUGUGAUCGUUUGGAAGAGUUUGCUCGGGGGCUACCUUGGCGAUCAAGUAUUGAAAUGGUUGACAUUGUCAGAUGGGUCCUGUCAAACUAUCAAAUACAUGUGGACAGUGAGCACAUUCAUUUCAUCCUGGUUAAUCGUUGCUUACUCCGUGGAACGGUUCAUAGCGAUCACCAAGCCAGAUUGGUUCAGGACAGUCACGUCAAGACACGCUAAGAUAAUGAUAGGAUGUAUUGUGUGUUUUCCAUUCAUACUUUUCAUACCACAUU